AUGACGAGUCGUAUCUCAUUGCUGGUCCAGCUGUGUCUCGUCUUCUUCACUGCCUUGGCGAGAGCUGCGACCCAGGAGCCGCUCGUCGAUGAGAAGCCUAUCUAUCGCGCAGGGGAUGCCAUCCCCGUGACGUGUCUCAACAGGACGUCUGAUACUGGCGAGCAUGUCACAGAUGCCUCAGGGCAGCUUCAAUAUGUGCCCUUCCCGGUAUGCAAUGAGACUGGUCGGCCGCUAGAGAUCUACUUUGGUGUCGAGAAGGACAUCAAUUGCACCAUCGACUUCAUCUCGGACCCCAUGUUCCACCUCCUCGAGUUCUACGUCCACAACGACGCUCCCAUGACCUGUCGCAUCCCUACUCGCCCCUUUCCCGCAUCUUACAAAGCUCCCAAAGAAGACCCCUCGAUUGAGGGCCAAGGCAGUCUCGACGAUGAAUACAUCCCCUUGAUCAUUGCCUUGACAGGCACACUUCAACUCUCACACCUACACGUCUCAUCACACCUCAACAUGCUGCUACAUGCUGCUCCCAAAUCUGUGUCGCCUGGCGUUAUUGAUGCCGCUACCGCAUACUCAAUCUCCACUCGCCCGCCGACGCGCAUUGUCAUUGGUGACGCUCUGCCCUUCACCUUCUCCAUCCGCUGGUACUCUGGCCAGCAAUUGCCUUCUGGCUGGUCCGGCGUUGGCGGCCACAUCUACGCCAGCACUCUGAUAUACUGUCUUUUGAGUGCUGGUGCCGCAGCUGCCAUCUGUAUCGUCUACUUCCGUGGCGUCGAGCUUCCGAGAAGGCUCAGGAACCACGGCAAAGACAGGAUGACCGGUGGUAUGGAGAGUGGCAGAUUAGGCGGAUAUGGAUAUGCCGUAGGCACUAGUAGCUAUGCAUUGGGUUCCGCUGGAGGCAAGAGGGACUAA